AUGAACCUGUUUCCUCCACGCAGCCCAUCACUCUACCACCACCUAGUAUCUCUCUAACUUUGAGAAAGUGUGUGUUGUGUGUUCUCUUCUCUCACUAAAAAAGGUUUCAUUAAUUCUAUAUUAUGGCUCAGACCACAGCGAAUCACACAGUGACCGUAUCUGGGUGGGCAGCUCAUGAUUCUUCGGGCAAGAUUACCCCCUACACUUUCAAAAGAAGGGAGAAUGGUGUGAACGAUGUGACAAUAAAGAUACUGUAUUGUGGGAUCUGCCACACGGACCUCCACUAUGCUAAAAAUGAAUGGGGCAUUACUAUGUAUCCUGUAGUACCCGGACACGAGAUCAUUGGGGUGGUAACUAAGGUGGGGAGAGACGUGAAGGGGUUCAAGGAAGGAGACAGAGUGGGUGUGGGGUGUUUGGCGGCUUCAUGUUUGGAAUGUGAGCACUGCAAGACCGAUCAGGAAAAUUACUGUGAAAAGUUGCAAUUUGUCUACAACGGAGUAUUCUGGGAUGGCAGCAUCACCUAUGGGGGCUACUCUCAAAUUUUUGUCGCAGAUUACAGAUAUGUGGUACACAUUCCGGAAAACCUAGCAAUGGAUGCAGCGGCUCCUCUGCUAUGCGCAGGAAUAACAGUGUUCAAUCCUUUGAAAGACCACGAUUUGGUAGCAUCACCGGGAAAGAAGAUUGGGGUGGUUGGUCUGGGAGGCCUUGGGCACAUUGCCGUUAAAUUUGGCAAGGCUUUCGGCCACCAUGUUACCGUCAUCAGCACUUCUCCCUCCAAGGAGGCUGAAGCUAAGCAGCGUUUGGGUGCUGAUGAUUUCAUUGUCAGCUCCAACCCUAAACAAUUACAGGCUGCAAGGAGAAGCAUAGAUUUCAUAUUGGACACUGUUUCGGCAGAGCACUCUCUGUUGCCCAUCUUGGAAUUGCUCAAAGUCAACGGGACCUUAUUUCUCGUGGGUGCACCAGACAAGCCCUUACAAUUGCCUGCUUUCCCAUUGAUAUUUGGCAAGAGAUCAGUGAAAGGUGGGAUCAUAGGGGGAAUAAAAGAGACGCAGGAAAUGUUGGAGGUUUGUGCAAAGUACAAUAUAACGAGUGACAUUGAAUUAAUCACACCAGACAGAAUCAACGAGGCUAUGGAGCGCCUUGCUAAGAAUGAUGUGCGCUACCGUUUCGUCAUUGAUAUUGCUAAUGCUGCCGCUUCCAACAACUAAACUAGCCUUCAAUUCGGAUCAAAUUUUACUUGUUUCGAUAUUUACUGUUUAAUAGACCCGUGAUUUUACCUCUGCAAUUGGACGAAUAAGUCAUAUAUUUAUGUCAAUGACUUUUUACUUGUUAAACUGAUCUAUCGUUUAAGUCUGAAUUAAUUUUUUAAGCUUUUAGAGAAAAAAAUUAUAAUUUAAACA